GGAAGAAGUCCAGAGAAAGGUGGUCGGGGACUUCGGAAUCCCAAACCUCAACCAUUACACUCCAACAAAACACAACAUCAAUCGAUACUCUCUGUUUCACACGAGGCAUCGCAUACCUUCAGAUCUGCCAUGGACCACGUCGAGCGCCAGAUGGCUCAACAAGCCGCCCAAGACCUCAGCCUCUCCUCCCUCGCCACGCCCCUCAACCUCAUCCUUCUUUCCGCCGUCCUCUACACAGCUUACGCCCUCCUGCGCCCAUCCCCGCCUCCCUCUCUCCCCCGCGACGCCCCCUCUACUGUCUUUCGCACAUACACGCCGCACACAUUGCUGCCCUUCAAUGGCGAGGAUGACAAGCCCGUGUACCUGGCUGUCCGGGGCCGCGUCUUUGACGUGACACGCGGGCGCAACUUUUACGGCCCUGGAGGUCCCUACAGCAACUUUGCCGGCCGCGAUGCGAGCCGUGGUCUCGCAUGCGGAAGCUUUGAUGAGGACAUGCUGACAAAGGACCUGGAUGGACCGCUUGACAAGCUCGAGGGCUUGGACGGCGAGCAGAUGGAGGCGCUACAGGGCUGGGAGGAGAGAUUCCUGGAAAAGUACGACGUGGUCGGACGUUUGGUGUCUGUCGCCGACGCCCAGAAGGCUUAA